AUGACCCGAUCAUUUCUCAAAACAAAUGCCAAAGUAGAUAGUUGUAAAACAAGUCAUCGACAAGAUCCGUUCAAUUUUACCUCAGAAAAUUCAUUUAAUUUGCAAUCAUUUGAAGAUAAAAAGAAGGUGAAUAGAAAGAAGGAACAAAAUUCGUAUAGAAAAUCUUUGAGGAGUACAAUGCAAUCGUGUGAGAGAAUUGAAGAGAUUGUUGCUCAGGGAUUUGAUCAAUGCAUGUCAAAGAAAAAGUCAUCAAAAGGUUUGGCACCACAUCACCAUAUAAAAGUUGUGGAAGAUGAUUUGGAAUAUCUUAACAUUUUUACAAAUAUGUUAGACAGACAUAUUAGAAAGAAGGAACCAAUCAUGACACACAACUUGCAUUUAAAGAGACAAUUGAAGGAAAAUGUAGAUAACAAAUUGGAACAAUUAAAGCAAGAUUUGGAAGAGAAGCAAGAUCAGGAAUUCUUAGAUAAAUAUUUGGAUAAAAGAUCCAAGAAGGCUGCCAACAAGUUGAGGAAGAAAAUGGAGAGAGAAGGAGAGGAUUUCAAGAAGAAUAUCGUCGAACGUGAGGAAUACUUAUUGAGGAAAGAAAAUGUUACAACUGAGAAAAGAAGUGAAGACUCAUUGAACAAAUUGAAAGUGAGCUACAUUAACAGUCUGACAAUUGAGGAAAAGAUUGCACUCAAAGAAUUGGAAAAGUUCGAACAAACCCAAAGUCCUCAAGUUUUCAAACAUUAUAGAAAGACUAAAUCCAAGUAA